AUGGCGGUUAACCGAAUAAAAGGCGCCUUUGCAGCGCCUCGAAAAGGAGAAACAUUUGAACUUAGGGCCGGGCUUGUAUCUCAAUAUGCAUAUGAAAGAAAGGAAGCCAUUCAAAAGACCAUUAUGGCCAUGACGCUGGGCAAAGAUGUCUCGGCGCUAUUCCCAGACGUUCUAAAGAACAUUGCGACUGCAGACUUGGACCAAAAAAAACUUCUGCGAGGAUUUGGAAUCUCAUAUAAUUUUAGGAAUUAUGCCAAAUCACACCCCGACCUCUGCAUCCUCGCCGUUAACACUUUUGUUCAAGACUCAGAGGACCCCAAUCCUCUUAUUCGAGCACUUGCAAUACGCACAAUGGGCUGUAUUAGGGUGGAUAAGAUGGUGGACUAUAUGGAAGAGCCUCUCCGCAAGACGCUACGGGAUGAAUCGCCUUAUGUGCGAAAGACAGCUGCUAUCUGUGUGGCAAAACUUUUCGAUUUGAAUCCUGUGCUCUGUCUUGAAAAUGGUUUCUUAGAAUCUCUUCAAGAAAUGAUUGCAGAUCCGAAUCCGAUGGUAGUGGCCAACUCAGUUACUGCACUCGCUGAGAUCAACGAGACAGCCCCAGAAACUAAUGCGCUACAAAUCACUCCAAAUACAUUAAGGAAAAUGCUAAUGGCUUUAAACGAAUGCACGGAAUGGGGCAGAGUGUCCGUUCUAACAAGUUUGGCGAAUUAUAAAGCGGUUGACCAGAAGGAAGCCGAGAGUAUCUGUGAGAGAGUCGUUCCUCAGUUUCAACAUAUCAAUGCCGGUGUUGUUCUUGCUGCUGUUAAAGCAGUAUUUCUGCACAUGAAAUACAUCAACCAAGAAACAGCAAAAUCUUACCUUAAGAAGAUGGCACCACCUCUGGUAACGCUUGUAUCUGCCGCGCCGGAGGUGCAGUAUGUUGCCUUGAGGAACAUUGACCUUCUUCUUCAGGCCCAGCCCAAUAUUCUGGAUAAAGAAUUACGUGUCUUUUUCUGCAAAUAUAAUGAUCCGCCUUACGUCAAAUUUCAAAAGUUAGAAAUUAUGGUCCGAAUUGCUAAUGAACGAAACGUUGAUCAACUACUGGCGGAAUUGAAGGAGUACGCUCUAGAAGUUGACAUGGAUUUCGUUCGGAGGGCUGUGAAAGCUAUCGGGCAGACUGCCAUCAAAAUCGAGGCCGCAACUGAGAAAUGCGUCUCCACACUUCUUGAUCUCAUUAAUACCAAAGUGAAUUAUGUUGUUCAAGAGGCUAUUGUUGUUAUCAAAGAUAUUUUCCGAAAAUACCCUGGCUACGAGGGAAUCAUCCCGACUUUAUGUCAAUGUAUCGAUGAUCUUGACGAGCCCAAUGCUAGAGGGUCAUUGAUAUGGAUUGUAGGAGAGUAUGCGGAGAAAAUCAGCAACGCAGGAGAUAUUUUAGCUGGGUUUGUGGAGGGGUUCAAUGAGGAGUUUACUCAGACUCAACUGCAAAUAUUAACGGCCGUGGUCAAAUUGUUUUUAAAGAGACCCGAUAAGGCUCAGGGACUGGUUCAAAAAGUACUGCAAGCGGCUACUGCAGAGAACGAUAACCCCGACAUUCGUGACCGGGCAUAUGUCUACUGGCGACUUUUAUCGAACACAACCGACUCAAAUGCUGCAAAGAACGUUGUUUUAUCUGAGAAACCUCUAAUCGUCACUACCAUUCAAUCUCUUCCUCCCAGUCUUCUCGAACAACUCCUUCAAGAGCUAUCUACACUUGCAUCUGUGUAUCAUAAACCGCCUGAACAAUUUGUUGGACAGGGCCGAUUUGCGGCCGAUGCGGUGCAAAAGGCAGCAAUUGAGGAACAAUUGCAAAAUGCCCGGGAAAAUCCACUUGCAGCGGCAGCAGCGGCGGCGGUUACUGGUACAGCUCCACCUCCUAUUCAAAGCAACGUUGAAAACCUACUUGACAUUGAUUUCGAUGGUACGGCGCCGGCAUCUGCCCAAAAAGAGCCUCCCUCUGGGAUGUCUGGCCUUGAAGGUCUGGCUGGAACUCCAAUGAGAGUCGCAUCGCCAUCCGCGGGAGUUUCAGCCCAACCUAGCUCAAACUUAGAGGAUUUGAUGGGUGUUUUUGGUAGUGGUUUGACGCCCGGUGAUGGCGGCGGGUUUGGUGGAAACACUGGCAGUUCUGGCAGCGCAGAUCUGAUGAACGGCUUUGCUGGCCUUGAUCUCCUUGGCUCCUCAUCGACGCCAGCAGUCAGUAACAGCACGCCCACGCCGCAGAAUCAAAACAACAUGGAUCUUAUUUAA